AUGGUUUUUGAUUUUAUAGUUAUUGAAAUGGGGGAUAACUAUCAAAACAAUAAAAAAACUUUUCUGAAAGGGGGUGUACCUCCGGAAGAAGAAGGACCUUUACCUGUUAUUGUUUACGUACAUGGAGAAUCAUACGAAUGGAAUUCUGGUAAUCCUUACGAUGGUUCAGUAUUGGCAGCUUAUGGAAAUGUUAUUGUUGUUACUAUUAAUUACAGACUUGGCAUUUUGGGAAACGUAUUGGAUUAA